AUGUUCGGACAAGCGAGCGAGACUCUAGUGGCAUUGAACCGGGACAAUAACCGGAGGCACGCCGAGAAGGCCCUCGCGCUGUGUUUUGUAACGCAAUACUUCGCGCUGGGCGCGGAGGUACUGAAGGGUAUCUGGCGCCACGAUCCAGAAUUUCUGGGCGCCAUCGAGUCCAUACAGGGAGAUAAGAGCUGGUCCAACAUGGUCUGCAUCGCUCAGAUCGAAGAGCACUGCGGAUCAAGUGCGUCGGCGUUCGACUGGUACCUCAGGGCGCUCCACGUGCUUGAGACGACCCGGGCCAAGAUGAGAGACACGGAGGAGCGAAGAAGAUUCCUCGACGUCAUCUAUACUGCGGAACUGUUUGCCGGCCUGGCCAGGCUUUGCGUAGGCUUCUCCAAGCCGGGUCAGCCGAGCAAGCCGAGCCGCUCCAAGGGAUCGUGGACCUUUCACGGCCCGACCUGGGUGGACGAAGCGCUGCUCUUUCUGGAACAGGGUCGGGCCCGGGUGCUCCUAGACAUGCUGACCCCAGAGGGAGUAUCGGAAGACUUCCUCGAGUGGACAUAUCAGAUGCGCCAGGCAGAGCUCGUCCCAGAGCCUGCACAGGUAGCGAGUCACGGCGAAGACGAGGACGCCGAGACAUACCUGUCGAAGCUUAGCAGUGACUUGCAGAUGGAAGCUGAGUCGGUAGACCGGGCUAUAAUCUUACAGGAGUUCCACACUCCGCAUUUCCGCACUGAUUUGGCCACGCGUUACUCGGCCAUCUCUGACGGUACAGUGGUUGUCCACAUCAACCCCUCGCGUCAGGGCACCCUGAUCCUCUAUAUCACCCACGACGGAAUCGAGCUGGCGCACUCCAGCCUGCUCACGGAUCAACAGAUGGAAAGGCAGGUUCUGGGCUAUCUCAAGCCAUUCAAGCACGUCGCUACCCUCGGCCUCCCGCCAAAGCAGACGUGUAACGACCUACUGCAGGGGCUGUCUCGCGAAAUCGUCACGCCGGGGAACGAUAUUAUAGCGCGCAAGGCGCACGUUAUCUUUGUGCCGACGCUGUCGCUCAAUAGAUUCCCCUUUUCGGCGCUUCUCUUCAAAGAUCGGCCGCUCUUUCUGGAAAAGGCCGUGUCCAUGGUCCCCAGCCUCUCAGUGCUGCAGCGCCUCAUGGAGAGGGAACGCGGGAGGACCCACGGCAGCAGCAGCGGCAGCAAGAACUGCGUCGUCAUCUACAGGGCUCCCCUGCGGGAGCAGACCGUGCCUCUCAACAUCUCGGCCGCCGCCGCCAUCGAUAUUUCACAGAAGCUGGCCUGCAAGCUGAGGGCUGCUCAUGAGACCGACGCGGACAGCUUCAAGAGGGACUUUGAGGUGGCCGACGUCAUGCUGAUCGGGACGCACGGGUCACAGAGUGAGGCGUCGGCGUGGCGGUCAAACAUCCGGCUGCAGAAGGAGUUCCCCGUCGUCGAGCUCGUGCGGCUGCAGGGUUGGGCGGCUCUCGUGGUCUUCGAGGCGUGUAUGAGCGGCGUGGGCGAGUCUUCGGGAGGGGGCAGUGACGUGCUCGGCUUCGCGCACUCGGUACUGUCGUCGGGCGCGAGCGCGUUCCUCGGCGCUCUGUGGGAGGUCUCGGACAAGGCCUCCGCGCUGCUCAUCUCGUUCUUCUUCGGCGAGCUGACUGCGACGGCCGGAGCUCCCUGCAGCCUCGCGAGCUGCUGGCGCAAGGCGCAGGCCAAGCUGUAUCACACAGAUACGGCCGCAGCUGUUGCAGUUCUCGAGGGCUUCAGGUCUGUCCUCCGGGGGCUAGGCGUAGGCCUUGUUAAGCCACGCCACUUGGAGAGGAUCCUGGACACUCUGGAUAGAGUUAUUAGAGACGAGGAUGAGUCGGUCGACUACUCGCACCCUUUCUACUGGGCCCCGUUUACGUUAGUAGGCCAUAGUGGGCUGUGCUUACAACUCUCUAAGGUUGAGUAG